CUGUCAUAAGAGGCGGCAACCUCCAGUUGCCGGUCACCCGCACCGGCGAGUUCUUACUUGUUCCCACAAUUCUUACCUUACCCUUUCUCCCCUCAGAAUUGAGAUGCAUUAUUAAUUAUUCCCGAGAAGCUUUCUUUUUUGUUUUGUAUUCUUUUGUUGUAUCAUAUCCUUCAGCUUCUCAGUUCACAGUUCACACACAGACACAGAGACAGAGUUUCGAUUUGGAAGCUACAGUGUGGCCUUUUCUUUGCAGUGCUUUUUUGGGGCUCUUCAAACAGCAACAAAUUAUAUUGCAAAGGAAGAAGGAAGCUUUUGUCAUCUUCUUUUCAGUUUUUUUAUCAUCCAUCCCCUUCCCCAGGGCUCGUUCCAUGUUAUCCAUUUUCAUCUCUGAUUCCAUAUUCCUAUUAAUCCCUUUCCCAAAUCAAAUUGCCCCCAAAUUCUUUUCCACCUCCUGAGCUUCGCUUUUUCAGAGAUUAAAUCAGAUCAGAUCGGAUUGUGGGAAACAAACAAUGACGGGGUGGAGAAGAGCGUUUUGCACUUCUAUUCCUAAAGAUUCAGAGACGAAGGUGUUGAAAGAGAAUACCGUUAAUAGCCAGAGCCAGAGCCAGAGCCCUAGAAUCAGCUCUAAAUUUGGGUUUUUCUCCAACCCAUCCACGCCUCGCUCGCAGUCACGGCGGCAGCCGGAGCCAGGCCUCGGCCUCCGAUGCCGGACCUCGGUUGCUACUGCUACUACAGCUUCGUCGACGCACAAUAGCCCCAAGCUCCAAAAGAAAACCAAUGGCUCCAGAUUGUUCCAGUUCUCCAAUCCUUCUUCCCCAAAAUCGCCCUCCAGUUUCUCCUUCAUUAAAUCCGGCUUACGACUCUCCAAGAGUAGGUGCGGAAUCUGCUUACAAAGCGUUAAAAGAGGACAAGGAACGGCCAUUUUCACUUCAGAAUGCUCCCACUCCUUUCACUUUCCUUGCAUCUCAGCGCACAUCAAGAAGCACCGGACUGUAGCGUGCCCCGUUUGCAGCUCCAUUUGGAACGAAGCUCCGUUGCUCGAUACUCACAACCCUCAGAAGCAACCAAUCCAGACAGAGAAGACAAGAGGAGUUGAAUCGGUUAAACUCGGAGACCUUAAAUCGAAGCCAUUCAAAGUUUACAACGAUGACGAGCCUUUGAUGUCCCCGACUUCCGGUGGUCGCUUCAAUCCAAUACCAGAAUCCGACGAAAACGAAGACGAAGAAGAACAGGAUAGCGCAGUAGAGUUCCAAGGGUUUUUUGCAACAUCUGCACCGUUAUCCUCUCCAAAACUACCUAACGUUGUGAAAAAUGUUGAAGUGAGUCUAUUGCCGGAGGCAGCGGUAGUCGCAGUUGGUCGGAGCUAUGAGACCUAUGCGGUGGUGUUGAAGGUCAAGGCUCCGCCUCGAUCUGCAACGACGUCGUCAUCGCCGAUGAGCCGAAACCUCCGUCCUCCAAUUGAUUUGGUAACCGUUUUGGAUGUCAGUGCGAGCACGAACAGCGCCAAACUCCAGAUGGUGAAACGAACUAUGCGACUGGUUAUUUCUUCGCUCUGUUGCAAGGACCGCCUCUCGAUUGUGGCGUUCUCCGCCAGCUCCAAGCGGUUGUUGUCUCUACGGAGAAUGACAUC